AUGUCACCUUCUUCUUCUUCACAUGAUAUCGUACUCACCAGCUCACCGGAGGGACCCAUCACCGCCUACAACGCCUCCACCGGAGCGUCCUUGCCCGCCUCACCGGCACCCGCUCCCCUCGCCGCGGCCCUCGCUCUAGUUCAAAACACUUACAUCGCCGCCUCCCACAUCUCCUCCUCCUCCACCCGCCGCCGUCCACCUCUACAAUUGGUGGUCAUCCACCGCCCUCCACCGCUCCCUCUCCCGGAACCCUUGCCCCUAUCGCCCCUUCCCCCGACGGCUCAUGCAUCUUCGCCGGCGGCCUCUCGGGCAACAUUCAUUCGCUUUCUGUCCCCUCCGGUGACCUAA